CAUCCCCACAAUGUAGGCACCUUCCGAGAUUCUUUUUGCCCCUGCACCACACAAUUUUAGCCUAUAAAGUGCUUUGCCAAUGCCUCUUUUGCUUACUGAAAUCAUUUCCUCUGGUUGUAGUUAUUCAACUCCAGAAAAAGAUCAAAUAACACUCAUUGAGGAAACAUGUGCCCUCCCAGUAAGAGAAAGGAGCUGUGGGGAUUCAGGGGAUCUCCUCCUACUGUUAAAGAAGCCUUCAAUGUCUUAGACAAAGAUGGAGAUGGAAGAAUUGCUUUCAAUGAUCUGCAAGAUUUCUUCCAUACUCACAAGCAAACUUAUCUCAGCAGAGGGGAGAUUCAGUCCAUGAUCUCUGUAGUAGACAAAGAUCAUAAUGGGUAUGUGGAGUUUGAACAGUUUGAGGGGCUUAUGAUGGCAUUGAUGACGGGGGAAGGAAAAAAUGAAGAAAACAAUGCAUUGGAGGAAGCAUUUAGAGUGAUGGACAGGGAUGGAGAUGGAAUUGUGAGUGUGAGGGAUUUGAAGAGCUUUAUGGGCGAGGCAAUGCACAGUGUGAAUGAUGAGGAUGUUGUGGAGAUGAUAGAGGCAGCCGGUGCUUGUGCUCAGUCAGGCAUCUGCUACAAGGAAUUUUUGGCUCUCAUGAUGGCGAUGAUGAAUGGAUCCCAGUGACUGGCCCAAAUUUUGCUUAUAUGUUCAAACAAAAUGUCCUCCAAACCAAUGGAAUCGGUUUUGUUAAAUGUAAACCGAGGCUUUUCAAAUGGGUUUUGCAUAAAAUUGUUUAUUAAUGUAUUUCCCGUUACUCCAAGAAGGAAAAACUGAAAAAUCACAUCAAUCUGUAAUAAGGAAUGCUUAUGUUCCCAAUAUAUGUUAUAUGUGUAACAAUGACUUUCAAA